AAAGAGGGAGACCACGAUUUCCCUGUCCCCCCUGCUUGUCUGCUUGCUUCCUCUCUCUCUCCCUCCCCAUGCAGUGAAGAGACAUGGACACAGGAUGUCACUGUAUCACAACUGCAGCAUAAAGGAUUAUGGGGAAUGGCAGAGGACUAUGGGAGAGAGGUGAAAGGCCAUUGAAUCCCCCAGAAACAGGAGCCCAAACUCUUGCUGCGGGUUAGGUAUCCGGGCAGAUGCCAUGGUCUGGGCUGAAUGCUGCCGAGUGGAGCAGCCUGCCUGGUAUGCUCAACUCUUUCAUCUGUCCUAGAGAGAUAGAUGACACCCUCGCUUGCGCUCCCCCUCUUCAAACUCCAGCUCCAUAGGGUGUGUGUGGCACAGGAGAAGAGGCGGAGCGUCACGCUUAGACCCGGUAAUGCCUGGCAGACACCCCGGCUGCACUCUGGACAGUUUCACCAGACAGCAGCAGAAGCAAGCAAGCGAGCAAGAGAGAGAGAGAGACUGGGCACUCCAGAGAUCCUUCAGCACAGCAGGAACUUGGUCAUGGACCUGUCCUCAGGCAUGGAGGCCCAGGCUCUCCUAGAAGACAUGUUGGAAAUCACGGCCCAGAGUUUGGUGCACAUGGAGGUGUCUGAGCACUACCACAUCAUCAAGGAGUUGGGCAAGGGGAAAUAUGGGCAGGUGGUGCUGGUGACUCACAGGAAGAGAGGGACCCCUAUGGCUCUCAAGUUGCUGCCAAAGGCGAGCACUAAACUGGAGAAUUUCUUGUAUGAAUACUGUGUGGCCCUCUCACUCUCCACACACCCUGCCAUCGUUGGAAUGUUUGGCAUCGCCAUAGAGUCCAGCCAGCACUAUGGUUUUCUCUAUGAGGCAGCCCUGCACAAGGACCUCAUCUCCAUUAUCAAGCCCAAGGCUGGCAUCCCUGAGCCAGCAGCCAAGCUCUGUGCCAAACAGCUGGUGAGUGCACUGGACUUCAUCCACAGCCGGGGCCUUGUCUAUCGAGAUGUCAAGCCUGAGAACAUCCUGCUUUUCGAUCGUCAUUGCCGUUGCAUCAAACUGACAGAUUUCGGCCUGACGCGGCCCCAGGGCACCCUCCUGCGCCUGGUGGUUGGGAUCAUCCCUUACACUGCACCCGAGCUGAGCCGUGGCACUGGUGACUCCCCAGGCCUGCCCAUCGACGCCAGCCUGGAUGCCUGGGCCCUUGGGGUGCUGAUCUUCUGCCUGCUCACCGGCUACUUCCCUUGGGAGAAGACGUUGCCUGAGGAUUCCUUCUUUGAUGACUUUGUGAUAUGGCAACAGUCCGGCCUAGACGAAGACUUGCCAUAUCACUGGCGCCCUCUGUCGCCAGAUGCCGUCGCCAUGUUGCGGAGCCUCCUGGCUCUGGAGCCCACAAAGCGCGGUCCCAUCCGGCAGGUACUCAGCUACCUUGACCGGCCAUGGCGAGCAGAAGUGGCGGCCAAGGACCCCUAGCAGAGCAGGAAUCCGUUUUAUGAGGCUGGGGAGAGAAAAGCACUAAGCAACUCAUCCGAAUACAAAGAUACUUGCAGGAAUUCAAACGUUACGUGCUCUCGGCUGGGUUAUUUCACAACAUUCCCCAAGGAACGUAACACUGGACAUUCAGAUUUCAGGAGGAGACAAAAUGUGUAUUCUGUAUGCCGUGUGUCUGAUCUUCUGGCACUCUUUAGUGGCUAAGCAUCCUUGUGCUAAGAACAGAUUCAUCUUAUAUCCCCAAAGGUAAACUCAUUUUUCCACAGGCUGCAGAAGCUGAUAUUGCCCACCUUCUGCCCAUCUUCGUCACAUCAUUUGGGAAAGGCUUAGCAUUCCUCGGAUGCGAGGAGUGUUAAAGGCUUUUAAGGACAUUAACAGUUUCAAACUUUCAUAGUGCAACCAUACAUGUACCUUUAUCAUGUAUACAUAGUAUCUUUAAUUUCAUUAUCUGUAUACUUUUGAUGCACUGAAUUGAGAGUCACUUUUCUCUGAGGGCUCAUUCACACUUCUACUUAUCCUGCGCAUUGGAAAGCAUGGGUCCUAGCGGCUUCCCGCUUGUCCCAUGUUUUCUAGGCACAGCUCUGAGUGGUUUUGUACCACUGCUUUCCUGAGGAAAAGCUGCUCUUUAGCACUGAAUUGGAGCAAACGUCAAUCCAGAGAAAACCCGAUUGAUGUUUGGUCCGAUUCAGCAGUAAACAGUGGGUUUUCCCCAGGGAACAUGGCAGGGAAGCGGAAAUGUGGAUGAGCCCUGAGUGUACAGUGGCAAAAGUUAUAGGCUGCCAGCCAGGUUCACAUUUCACCUGAGUCCACUAGGUGUCCUUAAGAAAGCUUUUAGUGUCUACAAUAUAGGAAUCUAAUACAGUACAGUACUAGUCUAUCUUUGAUGGGCUGCUGUAGGGAUUGUUGAAAUACUGGGUUGGAUCCAGACUAACUUAGUUGCACUCAGGCCCCAUUGAAAUCAAUGUGAAAAAAUAAGUCAUGGUUUCACUUAAGUCUUGCUGAUUUCAGUGAUAUGCAUAACUUCUUUUAAAGAAAGAAGGAAAAGGCCUAAGAGCAAAACUCAGUUGAACGCACUUUUCUCAAGAUACUGGUUCUACUGUUCCUCUCCCUACUUCUUUUAAAGAUUCCUUACAACUUAGUGUUACAAAAUGUUUUUUCCAGUAAAUAGUCAUAGUAAGCUAUGCGGCCUGCAUUUAAGGCAGUGGUGUCCUGUCUUGAUUUGUGCUCUAUAUUUCACACUGCAGUUAGUACCUCAUAAAAGAGGUACUAAUUUUACCACAAUGUCCCUUACUGCUGCGAAUGACCUUUGGGGAAAUGUUUCGCAACUCUCUUCCUCUUUCCGUUUAUCACAGAUAGCAUUUUUAAAGUUUGAAAGCAGAAGGCAUCCACAAAUCGACCAGUUGCUCAGGUACCUCAUUUCCAUUGCAUCCACCACCGUCCACUGCCUGCCAACCUUAUCCAACAUUAAGUAGACAUCUUCCCUGACUAUUUUAGAAUCCCAGAUAUAUGUGUUCCCCACUUUGUAUAAAGAGAUCUGGAUCACCUACUGCAGUUAGUGAUGUGGAUUCCAUUUGUGUGCACUUUUCUAUUUCCUUUUUCUUUUUAAAAAGAUAUAUAAAAUACCCAGCAGCUCAUUUGCAAGGAAGAAAGACACAAUUACACAACAUAUAGAGAAAGAAAGAGAUGUUGUAAAAUUUUAAAAUAGACUAUUGGGGUGGAAUCAAAAGGUGAUGAGCAGUGCUUUUUUUCUAUUAAAAAAAAAUACUCACCAUGAAGUUGUUACAGUAAGUACCACACUUUUUAACAACAACAAAAGAGAUGUUGGUACUGUACCCUUGAGUGGGAAAUAAAAGCACUGGUGAUGAUGCCAAUUAUGUUCCAGCAUUCAGCUAUUUUCUCAUCAAUAAUGCACAUAGAAUGCAUUCCUAGAAAUAUCAGCCAAUUUCUUUGUCCCAUCAAUUUCUGUGCUGUGAUAAAGUUCUGUUGUUCUAACGGAAUAAUUGCCAUAUUGUAAAUCUUCACUCACUACUAUCCCCCCCGCCCCCACGGGUACAUUUAAAAUAUUUUGUGCGCUCCUCAAAUUAUCUAAUUUCUAGAGGGCAGAUAUAUUUGUAAACACAUUUAUGGUGCAAACAGAAACAAUAACCAAAUGUAUUUAUUAAGACCAACUAAAAACCCGAAAUAAAAAGAGUCUUGCAGGAUCAGACCAAACACCUUUCUAGCCCAGCAUCCCAUUUCUCACAGUGGGCAACUGGAUGCCAAUGGUGAUGGUCCUUUACAUUAGCAAAGCUGGGGAUUAAUUUUAGAUGGGUGCUGGGAAUUUAAGUGCCCAUCUAAAAUGCAUAUCCAUUGUAUUUAUUUAUACCUUAUAAGGGACUCUGCUAGAAACACUGCUAGAAACAGAUUAGAAUAAUUGUUGGCUUUUAUUAAAGUGUUUUAAGACCUCUUUCACCCCAGUAUGCCCUUCUGCAUCUGAGAUCUUACUACUUCAGGCCCGCAAGGCUCAUAGUCUGAGUACAGAAGGCUAGCUAAUUUAGAUGUACUCUGUGUGGCAAUUCACAGAAACUAGAAUCCAUAUCAGGCACCGUCUAACAUAAUCAAAUCUGUAUGAUGUAUGUCCCCUGUAUGCCCCCAACUACAACUACAGCAUUGGGCUUUUCAUAUUGCCUAAAUACAUCUUCCCUCCUCUUGUUUUAAAGUAUUUUGCUUAACAUGUAUGCACAAGAAGAAUUAUGAUGAACACAAAAGUUUAUACACUUCUUUGUGACUUCUUAGCUAGUCCUAAUAAAAGUAUGAUGAUACUG